AUGUCUCCUAACAUGAAUACGCUCCUGUGUCUUCUUCUGGCUGUUGGCCCCGCCGCUGUCCUGUCGGCUCCUCAGACCCAGGGUCUCGCCAUGCCCGGUUCUACUGGCUCCAGCGGCUUGGGCUCCGGUCUGAUCCCUGGCUCCUCUAGCAGCGGCAGCUCACUGCCCGGCCUGGGUGGCGCCUCCGACAGCGCCACCCCGGCGACCGGCACCAGCGAAGAAGACGCCGGCAGCGGCUUCAGCGCUGGCAUCCCCGGUGGCCCAGGCGUGCACUUCGGCGCUGGCGUCCACAAGGUCCAGUACGGCCCAUGUGGCCCUGGCUACAGCGAGGCCAAGCACGCCGGCAGCGGCUUCCGCGUUGGAAUUCCCGGCGGCCCGGGCGUUUCCUUCGGCGCCCACGCCGACGAGGCUCACCAGGCUAUUCCCUGCCCGGAGCAGCCUUCACCAGUCAUUGUUACUCCCAUCAUCAUCCCCUCCACCACCCCUGCGCCGGCAUAUGUCGCGCCUCCCGCACCUGUGCACUCCACCCCGCUGAUCUCGCACCCUGCGCCGUCUGCUAAGCCCCCUAUGCCUGUGUACAACGCCGGCUCGUCGCUUGUGCCGGGCUCUGGCGUCCUAGCUGUUGCCCUUCCUAUCAUCCUGGGCCUGUUCUAA